CAUUCUUCUCAUUGUUCUUGUUCUUCUCCUCCUCUCUCCUCUUCUCCUUCUCUCCUCUUCUUCUUCUGUUGAAUUUAAUGCAGAUCUUUACCUCGGUCUGUUCAUGUUAUCUCAGUAAUGACUUGUGUUACUGACGGGCUACAGCAGAUUGUCGUUGUGCGUCUCUGACACUAAACGACCCUUGAAUCCUUUUGUGCAUGACAGCUCUUCUACUACUUUAUUUUGAAAAUCCUCCACUUCUUCUGCUGCUGAUGUCUCCUCCUCCCCUGAGAGUCUGUAGUUAAACACCUGCCUUGCUCCUCGCCUCUCUGCUGCCUAGAGCCCGCUUGCUUUGGGAGAGGCUGUUGUCAUGGAAACGCUCCCAGAGGAGGGGAGGGGGGGAGGGUAGCGAUUGGUCCCGUCCCAGGACGGGGUUUUUAUUUACCGCCUACCAAACUACAGGAGAGCUUCACAGAGGAGACGGAGAGGAGCUGCUGCUGCUCGGAGGGUCGAGGUCUGAGGAAGGUGGGAGUAAAAGGGGGCAGUCGAGUGGGAGGAGGAGGAGGAGGAGGAGGAGGAGGGAUGCUCUGGGGCUCUCCCCUCACCUGGCUCUGUGGUUGUUUCUCGUCCCGCGCUCUCCCCAAACUGAGGGAGGCGACCUCCCACGAGUCUCUGCUGAGCCCCGGCAGCGCGGUGGAGGCUCUGGACCUCAGCAUGGAGGAGGACGUGUUCAUCAAGCCGCUGCACAGCAGCAUCCUGGGGCAGGAGUUCUGCUUCGAGGUGAGGACGACAGAAACACAUAUAUACAGCAGUUGCUGGUCAUAUAAUUAGAAUAUCAUCAAAAAGUUGAUUUAUUUCACUAAUUCCAUUCAAAAAGUGAAAC